AAAAGUAACGAACAAGCUUCUUCUUUCUGACUUUAAAAAACCUGUUUCUUUCAAAAUUCAGUCCCUAAUAACGGUAUGCAACUGGAGGCAAUCUGAAGUUUGUUGGAAAGAGAGUGGAUUUAGAGGGAAACAAAAGUUAUAGAUUUUUCUCUUUUCUGUUGGCUAUUAAUUACUGUUACUGUUAUUCCGCAUUUAGAACGGAGUUUUCUACAAAUGAAUUUUUAAAACACAUGUAGCUGUGCAAUAAAUAAGAGGACAGAUUUAAUCAUCGUUACCCUAAACCUCUUAACUCAACUCGACGCCCUUAAAACUGACUUUCCAAUUCUCUGUUUCUUGAGGAGCACAGUCUAGGCCGAGGAACACAAGGCCUAACAGCCAAGCAUGAACAGGAUUUUUCGUUUCGGUUCCUAUUCAUUCCUUGUUUUCCGCUAUAUUUAGCCCUGUUCUGUUUUCCAUGCUCCUUACUUCCCCUUACUUUAAAAAUGGCCGCCACCAGACUACCUCUCGUGGUUGUAUUAGGGGCUACUGGCGCUGGAAAAUCUAAGUUAGCCCUUGAAAUAGCAAAACUUUUUAAUGGCGAAAUUAUUAGUGCCGAUUCAAUGCAGAUCUAUAAAGGACUGGAUAUUAUCACAAAUAAAGUAACGGAGGAGGAGCAGCGUGAGUGUAAACACCACAUGAUCAGUUAUCUUGAUGCGGAUUACAAACAUUAUACCGUGGUGGAUUUUCGAAAUGCUGCUCAACCUAUCAUAGAGGAUUUACUUUCACAAAGGAAAUUACCUGUCAUUGUUGGAGGGACUAAUUAUUACAUCGAGAGUCUUUUAUGGGAUUUUACCAUUGAUAAG